CACCAUCAUAUCCUACCCAGAACGGAGAGAGACCUUCAGUAAAGUAAAACUUUCAUUUCGUAACAGCUUCACAUAUUGAAUUUCAUCUCGGACAGAUCACAACUGUAGCUAACUUCUAAAAGUUGCAGUUUUAAAAAUAAAAUACAUACGAUGAAUUUUUAUAAAUUUGUCGUUACCGUCCUCAUAAUUACUCUAUCGACCACAACGGUGGCGCAAGGACGCCGGAGAAGUCGGACCACAACGACAUCCAGUACCACAGAAGUCCCUGCCGUCGUGGAUUUGGAGCAAACUCUUGCCGAGAGGGAAGCAAGUUUGUUAGAUAGAGAGGAAAGUUUCCGAAAUCGGGAAGCCGUAUUUCGCAUGCGGGAGGAGAAGUUAUCUCUACGCGAGGAACAAUUCAAAGUCCGAGAGGAUAAACUUUCUCAAAGGGAGAAGAACAUUGAGCUUAGAGAACAAAAUACUGUACGAGGUUCCGCAAGUGCUGGGUGCAGUGCAGAUGCAGCUCCUGCCGACUAUUCCAUCGUGAGGAUGGAUAUCGAGUCAGGAAAAUUGAUGGAUAUUGGUGAUCUUGGAACUUGUUCGGAAAACAUGAGAUUUUUCGCCAAUCCGGAUAAUGAAACGUUAGGUCAGUGUGACUGUGACUAUCAUCAAUGUUCCAGGCCACUCAUUUAUUCGGAGAAGUAUAAGCAGUGUUUUUGGGCGUGGUCUCAGGGCCCCUGUGAACAAAAAGAGUGGUACGUUUUCGACGAGAAUUACAUUCCGAUCUGUGAACCAAAUCCUUGUCCUGAAACGAUAGCUUUGAACACACCAUCCUAUUACUUUAAGAGUCCCGAAGAUGGACAAUGUUACAAGGCUGCGAGCAAAGGUCCCUGUAAAAAGAAGAACGAGCGACUCUUUUCCGUCCCUGACGACCCCAUCCCAAGGUGCCGGACCCAAUCGCUGUGUACGGCCCAGAGCGUUCCAGCAUUGCAAAGAUGUCUUCCUGGAAACAGAAGGUUUUUAGAAGGACUUUGCACCGAGGAGGCGAUUACCAGUAGUGAUACUGAAGCUGAAGAUAAUUAAAAAUUUGGUGUGACGCAUUCCCUGAUCUAGGAAUUAAGUAAUUAAGGUUUUUUAUAUGUGUUUGAUGAUUCCCUUACUCUCUAAUAAAUUGGGGCGACAAUAAUUGCAAACAAUCACUUA